UCCGCGCAAAGUUAGCAGAUUAUCAAAGGGACCAAAACUGGCAGCGGAGUCGGGUUCACUCUGCAUUCUCAGUCAUACGCGUGUGCUUAUUUUAUGCUUAAUUACCCUUUGGAUACAGUGACUGGUCAUUCACCGGGUUCUCCCGCAUGGCAAUGGGUUGGUGAAGUACGAGGGGCGUGCGGCAAACGCAGACCUGCCUAGCACACUACUUCCAAAAUACUUUGUCGGUUACUAGUGUUUUCCCUUUAAAAUGUCAAGACUUCGUCCAUCAGGAUCUGUCCAAUGCAAGCCGAGCUGCUCAUUUGGAAGGAGGCGAGAUUGCUGCCUUUCUGGUCUAAAGGUGUGCUCGUGUAAAUUGUGACAAAGGCUGUCAGGAUUGAAAUCAGAAAUCGAUAUUCUAAGAAUGCGUGGGGAUUCUCUUUUGGAAUAUUAACAAUCUUUUUUAAUAAAGAUUAAUCGUUUUUAAUCGUUUUGUUUUUCUGCUGGCGUGCUGUUUGCUUUUCGAGUUAAACUACAGCGGCUAGUACUAGGUCUGAUAACACACUACGGCUAUCUACUUCGACUAUUCGCGGCUGUUCUUACCUCCAGUUUCAGCAAGAACUGUGCUGGACAGAGUCAGUUUGUUGGUAAGGGUCCAUGCGAGACUUGGGGUGGAAACAUGUCUGGUCAUUUCUCUGUGAGGAUCCCUGCUGUCAGAGAUGGCAUUUUGGUCCAGCACUCCAGCUUUAACCCCUAAAGUGCCUCGAAAGAUUUUGUUCAUGUUCACUCUCUCCCUCUCUGUCACCUACUUAUUCUACAGUUUGAUGAGCUGUUACAAUACCCUGCAGUUCCCCCUGCAAGACAACUACCUGUACCAAGCCAGGCUAGUGACAGAAGAGACCACUUUGGGUGCGUUACGGAAAAAACUUUAUUCCGCAACAUCGUCACAGGGCUAUUUCAGCGAAAACGCGGUGGAAAGCACCACGGAGCAGACGCGGACAGCCGGCUAUGCAGUCUCCGUCGCAGUCAUUGAAGGUACCGGUACGCUUCCAACUGAGGAGAGGACAAAGGUCUGGUUCAAAACUCAGUUAGCUCCCACGGAAAUGAUCACCGGUCGAAAUGUCGUUUUCGAGAGGGAGCAGCACCAGGAAUCCAGCACCACGGACGACGAACUAAACCGAAGAGGGGAUAGCACAUCUACCCCCGAAUAUGGGGAAAAAAAGUUACCCCACGCCAUUAUUAUUGGAGUGAAGAAAGGGGGUACCAGGGCUCUUUUGGAAGCCCUGAGGGUCCACCCUGACGUGAGGGCAGUAGGGGUAGAGCCCCACUUCUUUGAUAGGAACUACGAGAAGGGAUUCGCCUGGUACAGGGACCUGAUGCCUUCGACACUUGAAGGUCAAAUUACCAUGGAGAAAACGCCGAGCUAUUUCGUAACUAACGAAGCCCCGCGGCGCAUUCACUCAAUGGCGAGGGACACCAAACUGAUAGUGGUGGUCAGAAACCCAGUGACCAGAGCCAUCUCCGACUAUACACAGACUCUGUCCAAGAAGCCAGAGAUCCCCAGCUUCGAGGUGCUGGCUUUUAAAAACAGGACACUAGGGCUGAUUGAUGCAUCGUGGAGUGCCCUACGGAUAGGGAUCUAUGCUCUCCACCUGGAGACCUGGCUGCAGUAUUUUCCGCUUUCGCAGAUGCUUUUUGUCAGCGGAGAGAGGCUUAUUAUUGAUCCAGCAGGGGAAAUGGCCAAAGUGCAGGACUUUCUAGGACUCAAAAGGAUUGUAACAGACAAACACUUCUAUUUCAAUAAGACCAAGGGGUUUCCCUGCCUGAAGAAGCCAGAGGACAGCAGUGCUCCAAGGUGCCUUGGCAAAUCCAAGGGUAGAACUCACCCCAAAAUAGAUCCCGAUGUUAUUCACAGACUACGGAAGUUUUACAAACCCUUUAAUAUGAUGUUUUACCAAAUGUCUGGUGAGGACUUUCAGUGGGAGCAGGAGGAAAUCCGGUGAACUGCUUAUUAAAUGUAAUAUUGCAGGAAAGCAUCGCUAGCCUUUUCAAAUCAAGAACCUAAUUACGAUACUAUAUCAUAAAAGAAGGUUGAGCUUGAAGGCCACACAUUUCAAAAACAAUAAACAAACCAACAAUCGCUGCUUUAUUUAAGUACCAAGCUCCAUUCAGGAGCUGUCAUGGUAUUAGCAACACGGUGGUGGGGGUGGGGGAUCAUUGUGGGGACGAUCAAGGUGGGGACAUUAUUUCAUAUACAUUGAAAAAGGGUGUAAAAUGUUGCAGAGUAAAAUCACCAACAAUUCGGGAUAAGUGUCCUUAAUAAAAGUGAAUCAUGUACAAUGUAUUGAGCCAGCUGUUUGAUAAUAACAUAAUUUGAAUCAAUUGAACACGGUUUAUGCUUUAUUACCCAUGUUUAGUACCAAAUCAGACAUGUUUUAUUUUUUAUUGUGUUAAGAAAUUAGUUUGGACAAUCUUCAAUCAAUCAGACCAAACUAACCAGGAUAUAUACAGGGUUGCAUCACUCACCAGUGUUUCAAAUACCUGUCACCUCCCUGCUCUUGCAGAAUUCCAUUCCGGGGGUUAGUGCCCGUUGCCUUGGAGACUAGGCUGGGUUUGGGCCUCACCUCCCCAAGAACAGCUCCCUUACUAACAGAACUUUGGGCCCUGGGUCAAACUGGAAUCACCAAGCAAAGUGUGGCCUGUUCUGAGGAAAUUCUGGCAACCUAGUGGGAAGAGAUUUUACUUGCCCUAACCCAGUUCUGUUUUUCUUCUUGUUGUUUUUUUUUCUUUUUUUAGCAAUAUUGAUUUGAAUUGCAGGACGUUUUGACUUCUUCAAACAAUAUUGGAAUGAGGUGCAGGAAUUGUCUUGAGUGUAUUCAUUACACUGGUCCAGUACUUCAUUUAUAAUAAAAAAAAACACCGCCUGUCAAAUUUUUCAGCCUCACAAGGAUUCAGAAUCCAUAACAAAAAUUGGUCUGACAAUUUUUGUGUCCUAUAUGUAUUUCUUUGUCUUUUAAUUGUUAUGCCAAACAGUUCUAGACAUAAGACAUCCCUCUUAUUAUCACAGUAUGCAUCGGCUUACUAUUGUAUCUGUGCACUAAAAAAAAGAAAUAAUAAUAUAGUAAAUAACAAUAAAUGUGAGCUGGUAUUUUUUGUGCUGGGUGCAGGACAGUAAAUCCCCCGACUUUGUUUUCUCUGAACAGGUCACAUGCUCACAAUAUGUGGUUCUGCCUCCUGACGUGUUUUUACUCAACUAUACAUCCUCCAUCGUUUAUUAAUAUUUUAUUUUCUAAGAACACUUUUUUUUUUUAAGUGUUCAUUGCCAUGACGUGUUUUAGUUUCAAGAAUGUUUGUAUCUCUUUUUACUAAUUUGUUGUGGUCUUGGUCCUGUUUGUUCUUCAUAGUUCAGUCAGGAAACUCAUGCGCUAGAUGACUUAUUAAAGCUUAGAAUUAGACAACAUUACUACAUUAUACAUAUGUCUACACUACACAAGGUUAAAAGUGAGUUCCCUGCCUGAACCACCAAUUUGCUUCAUUUUCCAGUGCAGUCUAAUCACCUUCUUGGCUUUUUGCACCAUUGACAGCUUAUUAACCAUAGUGUUUUACUAUCUUUUUAAAAAAAAAGAAAAUGUACAGAGGGAUGAUGGGUAAUUAGUCUAUAAUAAUUUUUUUUACCACAUAAACUAGAUUCAUGUAAAAAUGUCUUGCAGUACUUUGUCAUAGCGAUCAUAGUUUGGUUUCACAUGACUUUAACUAUCAAUAAACAAAACAAUACUAUGUCCUGUUGCUAGAGUGUGAAUAUAGCUGAUGAGUGGCCUUUUAACUGAAUCAUGUAUAGGAUCUUCCCAGCUGAAGGAGGUGAAGUGUGUUGGGCAUAGCCUGCCUGACCAAAUGAACUGUGCUUAAAUGUAGAAUGGCCACAGACAUUUACAUUUAACCCUUCAAGGACUCUCUAAUUUUCUUUUGUGAGACAGAUGAGUUAUCACCGUGUGCUGUAGGGGUUGAUGGAAUUUGUGGGUUUCAAAUGGAACACUGUGGGGUGCCACAUUCUUUUCUUUUUAAUUCAGAAUUGCUUGAUUGUCAUUUUCCUGGAAUGCUCAAAGUCAUGUUUAUUAUUCUGUACUUACAAACAAACGAGCGUGGAAUUCAGCAGUUUAAAUUUGCAGCACUGUUCAAUAAAACAUAUUUGCAGCAGCAGAGAAUCGCGUCCUCUUUUUUUCUGAAAACAUCCAUGUUAAAUCCAUGUUAAAUUUGGAUCAUAACCCUCUCUGAAAAAAAUGAACACGGUUUCAUUAACUUGAUUUUAUUAUUCAAAAUGGGAUUUAAACAAUCCGCAGAGUUUUGUGAAUAGGUCCGUUUUUUUUAAUUCAACCUAAACAUAGUAUUUGAAUCUUUCCCUUCAGCAAACAGUUUUCCAGUUCGUACCAUUGAUAAACCUGAUAUGUUAAACCAUGUAUUUAACAAUAAUUUAUUUACUUACUUUAUCCUGGCUAAGCUGCUUCGAAAUAUGUAUUCUUGUCUUGUGUAACCAGAG